AUGGACGGUAUAACAACGAGUCAACCGUAUGCAGUUCGCCAAAGAGACUGGCACGAUGGAUUAUUCGAUUGUACAAAUGACUGUACUUCAUGUUGGCUACUUGCAUUCUGUUAUCCAUGUUAUAUGUGUUUUAUGUACCGUCGAUAUGAUGAAUGUUUUGCGACGCCAUGUGUAAUUAUCUUUCCUGGUUUAACAUUACGAGCAUAUCAUCGAGCCAAGCAUCAUAUACAGGGUACCCUGUUCAGAGAUUGGCUUAAGGAUUGCUGUUGUCCAUUAUGCGCUGCAUGCCAAUUAGAUCGUGAUAUGAAAUAUGUGGAGUCAACCACUGGAAUACUGAAUGUUUGA